AUGUAUGCUCAGAGGAUCUAUGGCGGCACGACUCCUACUGCCCCUAUUCACGCCCGCAAAUGGAUGGCGCCCCCUACUGGUGUUAUAAAGGUGAACUGUGAUGCGUCAAUUAGUGAGGAGGGAUGGGUUGGACUGGGCGUGGUCGCCCGAAAUUCUGAGGGACUGGUGCUCUUUGCGGCCACACGUAGGGUCCGAGCUUGGUGGCCCAUUGAAGUGGCGGAAGGGAAAGCUUUGUGUUUUGCUAUCAAGUUGGCUCGGAACUAUGGCUUCCAUGAUGUGAUAUUUGAGACUGAUUGCUUGACUAUUGUUAACAGGUUAUCUAGAGGUGCCAUUUAUUUUUCGGAUUUAGAUGCUGUGUUAGAGGAUGCCAUUUUCUUAUGUAGGGAUUUCGUUUCUGUUCAUUGGUCGCAUGUGCUUAGGGAUGGGAAUGCUAUUGCCCACCACCUAGCUCGACUUGUUCCGUUUGGUGUUGAACAACGCUGGGAUUGUCAUUGUCCAGCAGAGGUGUCUCCGUAUGUACUCAUGGACAAUUUGUCCUCUGAUUAA